CAAGAUUCACAGCGGUCCUUCUUCCCCUUUCCUAUCGUUCGUAGUCAUAUCCCUUUAUCCACUCUUCUUAUCAGGAAUUCAAUUCCCGUUUCCCCUGUUAAACCCGAACCCAUCCAUUAAGCAAGCCACUUCCUUCCACCAUUGCCGUUAUCUUCGUGUUCUUCCUCUCCAGUAUAUAUAAUCACCAGCUCUAAUAAGACUUUCUGUCUUUGGCUUCCCCUAAGGGGACUCCAGCCGGGUUAUGAACUCGCGCGCCCAAGGUUUACUCUCAUCUCAAUUUCAUGCUGCAAUUUGUGUCCUAAUUUUGUACUCGGUGUUUGCUUCGGGGUUAGGUUUCGCCUGAUGGGUUGGUACUCGCGGGAACAAAUUUGGCGGUAGAUACAAGGGAAGAAGUUGGUGCGUUUUCAUUUAGGCAAUUUGAUUUUGGUAUAUGAACUCUGAUGAUGCUUUUGACUUGCGCUUAUGCUAUGGUAUGGAUAAGCUUGACCAAGUGUUUCGCCUAUCUGAUAGGCAAAACUGAACAGGAACCUGGGAGCUGUCUAUUGCUUUAGUCUUAUUGGUUUUAUGAGAGUACCGUAGAAUGAAGAGCGGGUCUUUGAUAAGGAUUCUACUGUUUUGUAAUUUAAUCAUGUUCUCUUCUUUCAUGCUGAAGUUGCUUUACCUCUUCCUUUCCUCAUUGAUUGCUUAUCUAGCAGCUGUUUUGUUUCCUUAGGCUCCAUUGGAUAGAUGUGUUGGUGCUCAAAACCGGAGCAGAAUGGCUUUGGCGACACAUCAAAUGCGGGGUUCAUAUGUAGGAUUUCCCUCAAGGCCUUCAUCAUGGAGCAGAGGUGUCAAACUAAAACAACAUGUCAUGUCACUUCACAUGGUUGGGAGAUUAGAUCGGUAUUUCUCAGCAAAGUGUUAUCUUCAUUCAAGUGUAGGGACUGGUGAUCUUGGGCUCAAAGCAAAACUUUUGCAAGUUUCCUCCUUUCAAGGUAGUGCAAAGAACAGUGAUGCAAAGAACAGUGAUGCCGGGGGGAGUUCAAGUGGGUCCAAGGGCUCAAAGAAUUCUGUCAAAAUUUCAUAUGUCUCAGAUGAUAAUGGAGAGGGCCUCAGAGAGCUUCCUAAUGCCCAGAGUCUUCCGAUAUCAUAUACUUCUGAACCGAAUGAAGGAGUUGGAGGAUCUCCUGCUAUUCAUAAUUUAUUCAAGAAAUGGUUAAACAUGCUGCGGUCGCAUUCGUCAAGUCAGGUGGCUGAUGUUAUCUUAGAGGAACCAGCUCAAAGGGAAGAAGAAGUAGUUCACCAAACUCAAAGUAUUUCUCAGGAGACACAGAAACGUAGUUUCCUAUUCGAGAUAUUUCAUCACUUUUGGCAGCUGGAUGCAACAAUAAAGAUACCGAUACUGAUAUUUAUCCCUUUGUAUCUUGGCAUCAACACUAUUUAUGGAGUUGAAGUGUCAAAGGAAUUGACUCCUUUGUGGGUUUUGGGCCCUCUCGUUGCUGCCCUCUACGUCAAGCUGCUUCAGGGUAUCUGGGCACUUUACGUCUUCAGCUUUAGACAGACCGUCCACAUAGUGAAGAAUUUACCUACUUAUUAUCAAGUGGGCUGUAGCUACAUUGCAGGUGGGAAGCUCAAACAAGAAAUCGGGGCUCGUUUCAUACAACCAAUUGUGACAAUAAAAAAUGCGGACCAUAAAGAAAUGGUGAGGCAAAGGAUGAUGGUACUCAAGGAGUGGCUGACUGAGAAGUACCUUGACUUUGUGGAAUCCAUAUGGCCCUAUUACUGUAGAACAAUUAGGUUUUUGAAGAGGGCAAAUCUUAUAUGAUGUUGGUGUAGUUUCAAUGUUGUUGAAGGAUGAGAUUUCCGAAGUUGGAUUUCCGGCAGAACAUGUCGCAGUUGGAGGAGAAAGAGCGGCUUCCGAAUACAGGGAAGGGCUGGCGAAGUGUAAGCCUUUAGGUUGUUGGUUCAUCUAUCUAUCUUCGUUAAUCCCUUGUGUUGUAGCAUGUUCUUUUGAGGGUUCCAUGAGGGCAUGGAACAGUAGAAGGUUUCGACGCCAUUUUGGCUUAUGAUCGAGUAGGCAUUAUUAUUCUUUCACCACCACCUUGUUUCUAUCCAGAGGUGACAUGCUAGCAGCAGAGAAAUGUCUGUGUCACCUGUGCGAAAUCUGCUAUACUAUCAUCUCUAUGUUGUACUUCCACAGUCUGAGUUUCCCCAUCUGCAUAAAGAAUAUUUUUUGGCCCUCCAUAUGGUUUCUGAGGACAUCUUGGAAGAGCGAAGGAUAUUGUUUACUAUCAUUCAGGCGGAUGUCUGUCUUCUUUCAUUUCAUUUGAAAUCGUGGAACUUCAGAGAGAUUUUGUUUGGUGGAUCUUCCGUUGCUGUGGGAUGCAACUAGGGUGUUAACUGGCUUGGUUUGGUUGGUCGAUGCAACUACAAAGAGAAACAGACAGAAACACCCCACCCUAACAAAAAUUCAUGGUGUGAACCAAUGAUUCAUCUGUGCAACACACUCUCUAUUGACGAUUACGUUUAGGGAUGUACAUAGGUCGGGUGGUUCAGGUUUGGUCAUUUUAAUCACAUGACUCAUAUACUACGGUUUUGAAAAUAUUAAAUCCAAACCCACCAAAAAAAUUAGAACCAUACGGUUUAUUUAUAAUUGGAUUGGAUUAGAUGUAGAUAUUUUUAAUUAAAAACCCAACCCAACACAAAAAGACAACUAUUCAACACUACAAAAUAUUAGAUAACUAUUUAAAUUUUUUUGUCAAAUAAAUCAAAGCGAAAAGUACCAAUAUGCAUAAAUGUUCUUUUGAUUUUAAUGAAAUGCAAUUAACUUUAGGGUAUGCUUACUAUGACAUGCAUGUCACCGUGACAUGGACUUUUCGGUCGACCUAAUCCUGAAGGCGGUCGACCAAAUUGACUAAUUUGGGCAGCACGAGAAAGCAUUGCGGUCGACCUCAAAGACCACCUGGUCGACCGUUCUUAGUUUAAGUUGUUAUUUUUGGUUGACCAGAAUAAACCUCGGUCGGCCAUUUCGUUGGCGUGAGAAACAACAUGGUCGACCGUAAAGGUAUAUAGGUCGACCACUUGAUGGCAGUCAUUAACAACAUGGUCAACCAGAUAAAGAAAGAGGUCGACCAGAUAGACGAUAAGUGUUCUAUCAAUUUAUCCAAUUAUUUGACGUAAAAUGAAGAUCAAGUGUUGGUGUCGAGGUCGACCUAAUCCGGUACGAGGUCGACCGAAUACAAGAAAGUCAACCUAUGCCCCGUGUCUUUUUUGUUUAUGUAUGUCGAUUUGUGUGGUCCUUUUGCUCGUCUAAAUUACGCUUUAAACCAUCAUAACUAGUCAUAAAUAAUGAUAACAAGGACUCAUCAAUUAUGCUAUGAAUUGAGGUCGACCGCCUUUAGGAUUAGGUCGACCGCAAUGCUUUCUCGUGCUGCCCAAAUUAAUCAAUUCGGUCGACCGCCUUUAGGAUUAGGUCGACCGAAAAGUCCAUGUCACGGUGACAUGCAUGUCACCGUAGCAAAAUCCUUAACUUUAACAUAUGUCUAAUUUUUUUCAUAAAUAUUUGUUGAAAUAAGCUAAAAUGGUUAUA